GGCCCGCGGCUGGAGCUGCAGUUACCGCUGGACGCAGUCCGGGGCUGCGGCGGGCGGAGGUUUGGCACGGGCUGCAGCUCUGACCUUCCCACACUGCUGUUUUUAGCCUCAGCGUUACUUUUCCCAUAGUUGUAGUGGCCAUAAAUAGCUUUUUCUGUUCAGAUAUUUGUCUUUCUUACAUGUUGUUUUUUUUUUUUCUCCUGAGCGCAGAACCGGGGUAACAUUUCUGUAGUUUCAUUUAUGUAAAUAUUUUUUUCCUCUGUUUGUUUGUUUUGGGACCCAUUCAUGAACAGCUAUGAAAUUUCUGUUGGUUUUUGAUUUUGACCAUACAAUCGUAGAUGAAAAUAGCGACACCUGGAUUGUGAGAUGUGCCCCUGACAAAAAGCUUCCCAAUGAGUUACGGAACUCCUACCGGCCAGGACACUGGACAGAAUACAUGGGCAGAGUCUUUGUCUACUUGGGGGACAGUGGCGUCCGAGAAGAUGACAUGAAAAGAACCAUGACAACAAUUCCUUUCACUGCAGGCAUGGUCGAUCUUCUGGGGUUUAUUGGCAAGAACAAAGAGUUUUUUGACUGCAUCAUUGUUUCAGAUUCUAACACAGUAUUUAUUGACUGGAUUUUAAAAGCUGCUGAUUUCCAUGAGGUGUUUGAUGAAGUGUUUACAAACCCAGCAGUGUUCAGCAGUACUGGCUACCUGACCGUGCAGAACUUUCAUGCCCACCAUUGUCCAAAGUGCCCUAAAAACCUUUGCAAAAGGACAGUUUUAAAAGAGUUUCUAGAUAAACAGGUGGAGAGAGGAGUGAGUUAUACGCAGAUAACCUAUAUAGGUGAUGGUGGGAAUGACUUGUGCCCUGUGAUGUUUCUGAAGAAGGGUGAUGUUGCUAUGCCCAGGCAUGGGUAUACCCUAGAGAAAAAGAUUUCUCAGCUCUCUCGAGAUUUUUGUCCCAUAGAGUGUUCUGUUCUGGUUUGGUCAUCUGCUGUUGAAAUUAUGUCUUAUCUGAAGCUGCUUAUAAAAGAACAUUUGAAGUGAUAAAAGGAAACUGAUUUAUCCUUUUUUCUUCCUGGGUGAGAAAUGCUCACAUGGAAACACGAUAUUAUGGAACUGGGAUAUUAGCUGAACUUAUGUUGUUCAAACAUAAUAUAAAAUUGUAUUUUCAGUUUUCUCAGUAAUGGGAAAGUGAUGUUAAAAUGGCUUUCAGGUGUAGUGUGCAUUCUGACCUUUGUGGAGAAGUGUGCGUGUGAGGGGGAGGGGGCUGCGUGAGGAAUUGCCAAUUCCUUUUGUCUUCUCCAUCCUGAGCCUUUACCAGCAACCAAAGUGAUGUUCCAUGUGCUGUGGGGAAGGAGUAAGAUUAGUGCACAAAAGAAUAAUUAUUUUAAAGAAUUUAUAUGCUUUACUUACCAGGAAGGUGAUUCUGGAACUUCUGGCUUUGAAUACUUUUUUUAAAAUUGGGGAUAAAUGUUUAAUUUGUAAAUGAUUUGGUAUGUCUCUAAUCCUGUUUGAUCUGAAGAUGCAUUUAUAUUUUUAAUAUA